AUGCGCGGGGCGCUCGCGGGGGACGCCGCGCUGGCCGCGCUGCCGUUUUGGGUCUCGUGUUUGUACCCCGACGGGCGGCGGCUGCCGGACGGCAGCGACGUCGCGGCCGCGCUGCGCGCCAUGCUGGACCCGGCGGCCGCGCCCGGGCCGCCCGCCUGGGGCGUCGGCAUCAACUGCACAAAGGUCGGCCGGCUGGACGCCCUGCUGCGGCAGUACGAGGCGGGCGUCGAGGCGCUGCUGCGCGAGGGCGCGGCGCGCGCGUGGCCCGCGCUCGUGCUGUACCCGGACGGCACCAACGGCGAGGUCUACGACACGACGACGCAGCGGUGGGAGGUCCCCGAGGCGGCGCGGGAAGGGCAGGAGGAGGGCGGCGGCGGCCCGUCGUGGGCUGCGCAGCUCGCGGCCGUGGUGAGGGCGACGAGGAGCCGUGGUAGAUGGAGGCAGAUUCUCGUGGGAGGGUGCUGCAGGGCGAGCGCAGAGGACAUUGCGGCUUUGCGGGCGGAGCUGUUGUGA